UCACCCCCUUCCCCCAGUUCUUGUUUCCUUCCCUUCUGCAAAACCCACUGUCAAUUGCCCUAGCCCCCAAACCAUAUAUGCAACAAAAUUUUCUUACUCACAAGCCCAAACCCACAUAUGAAUUUGUUAGAAAAAUCUCUAUUCUCAACCCUAAAAUCCAUAGCCACCCAAAACAUUGUUUCACAUUAUCGCAAUCUUCAGCAACAUAGAACCAUAGUAAAAGUCCGUUUGAAAUGGGUGAAAAACAGAGGUUUGGACCAUAUAAUCGAUGUUCAAACGGACCUUAAAGCAGCUUGUUUACUAAAAGACGCAAUUGUGCGUUCACCAGUUGGGUAUCUUACUGCUAAGUCGCUUGCUGAUUCCCAAAAACUUCUUGGGCUCACAGUUCCUACACUUAGGUUUAUUAGAAGAUACCCAACUCUUUUUGAGGAGUUUCCUCACCCGAAGUACCAAUCUUUGCCUUGUUUUAAGCUUACCCAGAUUGCUAAAAUUCUUCAUGAUCAAGAAUUGAAGGUCUUUGAAGAUAACCAGAGUGAUUUGGUUGAAAGACUUUCCAAAGUUCUUAUGAUGACAACCAACAGAAUGGUGGCGCUGCAAUCAUUGCAUCCUUUGAAAUGGGAUUUAGGAUUGCCUGAUGAUUUUGAUAAGAGAUUUCCAGAUCAUUUUAGGAUAGUUAAGGGAACAAAUGGGUUGGCUUGCUUAAGGCUUGUUCAGUGGCCAGAAAAAUAUGCUGUGUCAGAGUUGCAAAAGAUGAAUGAUGAUAGCAGCCCUCCGGCGGGGUAUAGGGAAUUUAAAAGGGGCAAAGCUGCAUUAGAAUUUCCCAUGAGUUUCCCAAGGGGAUAUGGGGCACAGAAGAAGGUCAAGGCGUGGAUGGAUGAGUUUCAGAAGCUGCCUUACAUCUCACCUUACGAGGAUUCAAGGGGAAUUGACCCUAAUAGUGAUCUUAUGGAAAAGAGAGUAGUUGGGGUUUUACAUGAGUUCUUGAGCUUGACACUAUACAAGAAAACAAAGAGAAAUUACUUGAGGAGCCUGAGAAAGGAAUUAUACCUUCCAGAUAGAUUUACUCGAAUAUUUACUAGGUAUCCAGGAAUAUUCUACCUCUCACUCAAGUGCAAGACAACGACUGUGGCAUUGAGAGAGGGGUACCGUCGUGGGAGACUUGUAAAUCCACAUCCUCUGACACGCCACAGGGAUAAGUUUCAUCAUGUUAUGAGGACUGGGUUAAUUUACCGAAGCAAAGGAGUGGACAUUUUGCCGCAGCUGGACAAUGUGCUUGAUGAAGAAGAGAAUGAAUUGACCGAUGAAGAAGAGAUUGAAUUGACUGAAGAAUGCGAUGGAACUUCUGAUGCAGAGACAGGUAGUGAUGAAGACUAGGAUCCCCUUAACAUAGGAAUUUCUAUAGAGGAAAAGCUCUUGAGGAGCAAGCAUUUUACGUGACGCUUGGUAGUUGGUACCCUAUUAAGUGGAUUAGGAUGCAAAGAUAUCCCACAUAUCCAGAACAAGAAGUGGAACUGUUGACAAUAAGUGAUACUUCCUCUUGGAAAAAGUUAUAAGAGAUCUACACCUUGUACUUUGUGGUAUAUACCAAGAUAAAUAAAAUUCUUUAUGCUUGUGACCUGAAGUGAGAGGCUUCAGAGAGAACUUCUUUUGCUGUGAUAGACAGGUUCAGGAAGCCAGUGGUGGCUGGAGAUGCUUUGGCAAUGUGAAUGACACUGAUCGAGCUGCAAAAAAGAUUAGGAAUAGCAAAGAUGGAAGGAAUGAGAUAUGUAGUAGGGGAUGGUCUGUAAGGGAGAGUUCUUGACGGCUCCAGACAGUGAGUAACAGGGCAUAUGUAUUAAUCUAUUACUAGGAAACUUUCUGGCACCUUGAUCAGCUUUCUCCCUCCAUCGGCCCCCAUUAAUGUUAAACUAGGGAUUUU